AGUGCCGCCAGCGCCUGGCCGUUGCCUCCCCCCGCGGAGCCUCCCUGUCCCCUUGGCAGCCUCCUGCCGUACCGCCCGGAGGGUCCGUCCCCAGGCCGGCCUCGACCCCUGUCUCCGGGCUCCCGGGCCCUUCUGUAGCGCUCAGGGACACCUACCGGGUCGUCGCUCCUGAGGUCCCCGGGACAGCCCGAGGCGGGUGCAGUCCGCAGACCCGGGCUGGGAGUCCCCUUGCGGUCCGCGCCUUCGUGUCGCGUCCGCUACCUCUCGCCCUGGAGCCCGCGGGGACGUUCGGGCCGGGCCACCUCUGCUGCCGGCGUUGGGAAGGGCGCGGACCCAGGGAAGGCGCUGCCUCAUCCCGCGACCCGGACAGCUGCAGCGGGGCCCGUGUGUCCUUGGCGCAGAGAUGGAAGGCGACGGCGGUCGCCGAGACGUCCCCGGAGCAGAUGAGGCGAUGCGGGAGCCGCGGCCCCAGCGCUUCCUGCGGUGCAGCUUGAUGGAAUCUGACGGAGAGGUGCGGCCCCGGUCUGGAAGCUGCCCAGACGCAGAGCGCACAGCCCCGGCUGCUCCUGCAGCGUCGUGUACUUCUGCUCUGCUAGACCCGCCGCCCAGCCGCGCCGGGCCUGCAUCGGCUCUCGGUGUCCCCAGUGCCCCCUGGGACCCUGGUCCGGAGCCCCCGGGUCUCGCCACCGCCUCUGCCACCGCAGCCGCAGCCGCGCCGACCCCGGCGGCGGCCGCGACCCAGGAGGAUGCUGGAGCCCCUGAGGCGAAGCCAGAGCCCGGGCGCGCACGCGAGGAUGAGCCCGAGAAGGAGGACGACGAAGAGGACGACCUUAAGGCUGUGGCCACCUCCUUGGACGGCCGCUUCCUCAAGUUCGACAUGGAGCUGGGCCCGGACUCCUUCGGAACUGUCUGCAAAGGGCUGGACACGGAGACCUGGGUGGAGGUGGCCUGCUGCGAACUGCAGCAUUGUCUCUUGGUGUAAUCCCCUACAAUCGAAGGUGAGGGACACGAAGGUGGAGGUCAGCUCCACCCUCUCUGGUGUACACAUCCUCAGAGAUAAACUCAAGGUCUUAAUUAACUCGGUCUGUGGCGCAUUUGGGGAAGUAAAGUUGGCACGUCAUCUCCGAACCAAUACUCCUGUUGCCAUUAAGAUCAUGACACCUGCAGAUGUCCACUGGGCGAUCUUAGCCUCCAUGUACCCAUCUCCACCAAACGUGUCCACAAAGCUAAAAACUGUGAUUUCAAUGUUGCUCGUUGGGGAUCCUGGCUAUAGGAUGGAUACAGGCCAGCUGCUGGGGCACCCCUGGCCUUGGGAUCGUCAUGGAAGUCCACCACCAGGCUCCAGAGGAAACGUCCCUAGGAUCCCAGUAACCAACAUUGUGGAAACCGUGUGCUCCAUGGGGUUUACCAUUGAGGAACUUGUGCUAUCCAUAAAAUCCACAACACGUAAUGAUGCCAAGGAAAUCUAUACUAGUCAAACUAAGCUGUGGUGCUACUUAUUCCCGGAUAGGGAAGCUUGUGAGGCCCUGUAUAGACACCAGCCCUGCCAGUGCUCUCACCCUCCCCUUCAGGAGGCACAGGAGUGAACCUAUUAUAAGAUACAUCUCCUGUGAGGUGAGCCAGGUCGCGAAUGACACAGACCCACCACACAGUCAUACACCAUGUCCUCAUAAUUAUUCCUUGGACUCCUCCCAUGAUGAGAAUGCUUUGAGAGACACCACUGUCUGCAGUAACUUGGGAGAGAACAACACCGCGACAUCCAGUAGCUCCCCAAGUCGUGAUCUUUUGUCCAUGGACUUACCUGACGAUGCGGACACUGGGUGCGUCAACUUCAUGAGUUUGGAGAGAGACAUCAACAAACCUCCCAGAGAUGCUCCUUAUAAUGAACGUUCCUCCGUGGACUCACGGCGGGAUGAGAAAUCCACUGAUGAAAACAGCAGGGACCUGGUCCUUGAGGAACCAUCACCUGAUGAAAACAGCAGAGCCCAGGCCCCCACAGUCUCCACAUCUAGAAGGGUGUGGAAGGGGGUGAGGAGGCAGUUCCUUCAGGUGUUUAGAAGACUUUGCUGUUGCCUCCCCACCCCAAGGGAACGCAGCAUGCCCCCAAGGGAAGAAGAAGGGGCCCAGCUCUGUGGUUGUUGAACCACAGGGCUGGGUUCGGCCUGAUUGUGGACCGAGAGCCACACGGGGGACCCAGGCCGAAACUCAAAGAGGCGCUGUUGCCUGAACACCCAGCGCCCACCAUCCACCAAUGGGAAUCACAACAAGGGCCCUGCACCUCUUGGUUUCUUGGAUUGCGAUUUUUCCUGAACUUUGCAGAAGGUUCUGUUCCUGUUUUGAAAGUAAAGCAGGCCCUGCCAGGCCUGGGCCACAGAGACCGUGCAAGUACAGUAGCCGUGGAACUACUUUGUCCUGAGAGCCCACCGCUUCUCUCAGGCCCAGCAGGGAUCCUUGACAUCCAGAAGAUUGGUACUUGCAGCCAGUGGUGCUGUACGGGGCAAUGCUGGCUGCAGUGACUGCAGUGUUCUCCUGGGCUCCUUUCAGGUG